GAAGCGUCGGACGUUGCUCAAUGAAGGCAGAAGAAGUCCUUGUCUUGUCACGUGACUGUUUAUGUGGAAUGGAAGGUCAUGGCGAGAAACGAGGAGAAACAACAGGGCAGACUGAACCGUCUGUGGCUGCAGAGGGAGAGACAGGAGGGACGACUCAAAGACACACAAGAACGCCGACCCAAAUUGUCCACCCUUAAUUCAGUUUCCUCAGUGAAAAAGUGGAUCCCCAGCAUCAAGAACGAGAUAGAGUAUUAUCUGCAGCAGUCACAGCUUUCUCACUACCCAGACAGGAAAAUUGCAGAAUUCCAGCUGCGCAUAGCAACUUUAGAAAAAGAGUACAAAAGCUUCAUCGCCAAACUACGAGUUCUUGACCCCACCUGUAAACAUAAGCCGUGGACUCCCCGAGCAUACUGCAAAAGGAGAUCAGAUGCAGAAGAUUCUCCGACCACCGUUAAACAUUCUCGAACCUGCAAGUCAGACAGCGGUGACGGUCAAUCGAGAGGAGCACAGAGUGAUUUAACUAAAGAUCGGACAGGACAUCCAAAGGCCAGUCUCUCUGAGAAACAACUGCCCCUCAGCCAAUCGGAAAUCAGGUAUCAGAACACCGUGCCUGCCAACCCCAUCUCACAGGAGGUCUGUGCAGUCCAGGAUGAGCCACUCUCUUUUGACCGCACGCGGCUGGCGGUGGCUGCUGCUGCAUUCAGAGGUCCAUCAGUACACGGCUCGUCUCAAACACAGAGUCUGGCCGAGGUGCUGCAGCGUGGACUGCCAAACCUCAUAAACUCUCCAUCACAGCAAAGCAGAGGCAACGUAGAGCACAAAGAGAAGAGUGAUGGAGCGAGAAUGGGGUUUGAUGUUGGACAGAAGAGUCCAGCUCAUGAACAAAAGCCAGACUGUGAAGCAGGAAAGAGGAUGCCAGGAAAAUUACCUGACAGUGUGACGGAGGAGGACAGCACGUCUCAUGUCCUGGGACUGGACUCUUACAUCUCGUCUGAUGAAGAGCUCAGCACAUGAACAUUUGAAAUUACAAAGCUUUUUAGGUAGCAAGUCCACAAUCUUUGACACUUGUGUGAAAACAUACAUCUGUUCAUUCAUGGGCUUUCUUCAGAAAUGAGAAACAUGUUAAGAUAUGUGCCAGAUGUUUGAAGAAUUUUUAUUUUUUAAACAAAUCAAUCAAAAUGGCUUCAUUUGACUAUGUUGCCUUUAUUCAG